AUGACUAUACUUCCUGAUGAUAAAGUUCGAAUGGAUCGUCGCUAUGAUUGGGUUGGCCCGCCCCAUCCAGUUUCAAAGAUUCGACCUAUCAAACUGCGCAGAGUUGACAAUGAAACGAAAUUGGAACGCGAGUAUCGAGAAGCACGAGAGGAACUGAACAGGUGCAACGCUGUUAAAUUUAUGGGUAUGGGGUGGAGUUCGUCGUUUUGGGCUAAGCACAACAGCUUGUUUGAUUUGAAGAAAGCAGAAUUUAUUGAAAAGAAGAAAAAAGAAUUGGGACCUUUGGAACGUAUGUCUGCCAAUGAUUUGUCGGUGUUCUACAAAAAGUUUUUGGAUUCGGAACAUCGGAACUUGGUAGCGUACAACAAGGAAUGGUACUAUCGCAAUCUGGCUCUCUGUUGGCCCGCUCUUCGAGUAAACAUGGUCCGUUUCAUGCGAUUAUUAAGGAGGUGA